UAUAUCUCCCUCUCUCUCUCUCUCUCUCCCCCUCCCCCUCACCGAUUCUGGUAUCUCUCUCCCUCUUUCGUUCUCUCUCAAGAACGCCUCUGUAAAUCGCCGAUCUUGUAAAAUCCAACCAUCCGAUCUUGGAUCUGACCGUAUUUUCACCGUGUGAAAGCGGGCCCGAUCUACAAGGAGGUGACUUGGACCUGACCUAACCAAAAGGCAAUUGAGGGAUCUCCAAACCUAAUAUAACACUGAAAAAUGAGGCCCAUUUUCUGUGGAAAUUUUGACUACGAUGCACGGCAAUCUGAUCUGGAGCGACUGUUCAGAAAAUAUGGGAAGGUUGAUAGAGUGGAUAUGAAGUCUGGGUUUGCUUUUAUUUACAUGGAUGAUGAAAGAGAUGCUGAGGAUGCAAUUCGAGCACUGGACCGUAUUGAAUUUGGCAGGAAGGGACGUCGUCUUCGUGUUGAGUGGACAAAGCAAGAACGUGGUGGUGGUGGUGGUGGUGGUGGAAGGAGGCCUGGAAGUUCUCGAAGAUCUUCAACAAAUUCAAGACCCUCGAAGACACUGUUUGUUAUUAAUUUUGACCCAUAUCUUACUAGGACAAGGGACUUGGAAAGGCAUUUUGAUCCAUACGGGAAGAUAUUGAACGUGAGGAUCAGAAGGAACUUUGCAUUUAUCCAAUAUGAAUCACAAGAGGAUGCCUCCAGGGCAUUGGAUGCUACAAAUAUGAGCAAGCUGAUGGAUAGGGUUAUUUCCGUUGAGUAUGCAAUCAAAGAUGAUGAUGACAGGAGAAAUGGCUAUAGCCCUGAUAGAAGUCGUGAUAGGUCUCCUGGAAGGAGAGGCCAUGACAGGGGGCGAUCUCUGAGCCCAUAUAGGAGGGAGAGGUCUAGUCCUGAUUAUGGCCGUGGCCGUAGCCCAAGUCCCUAUCGGAGAGAGAGGGGGAGCCCUGAUUAUGGUCGUGGCUCCAGCCCGGGUCCCUACUGGAAGGAAAGGACUAAUUCUGAUCAUGGUCAUGGCUCCAGCCCAGGUCCCCACAGGAAGGAAAGGACUAAUUCUGAUUAUGGCCGAGGUCAUAGCCGCAGCCCACGGAGAGAGAGGCCUGUUCCUGAUCAUGGCUCUGAUCCCAGCCCAAAAGAGAGGGUUAGUCCUGAUUAUGGCCGUGGUAGCCCAAGUCCCCGCAGAGAGAGGGGUAGUCCUGAUGACUAUCAUCGUGGUGACCCAAGCCCCCAAAGAGAGAGGGCCAGUCUCGAUGACUAUCGUCGAGGCAGCCCAAGUCCUCAAAGAGAGAGGAUCAGCCCUGAUGACUAUCGUCGAGACAGUCCCAGCCCCCAGAGGGAGAGGAAUGGUUCUGAUGACUAUCCCCAUGGCCCCAGCCCUGAUUCUAAGCUUGAGCCAAGGGACAGUCCAAAUGAUAGAGCAGUGAGCCCCAUGAAUGAAAGAUACCGGAGUCGCACGCCCCCAGCAAGGGAAAGAUCUCAAUCUUGAGUCGCUUGAAUUUAAGUUGUAGGAACUAUUUAGCUUGCUGUGUCUCUUUGCCUAAUUCCUACAACCAGUUACAGAUGAGACGCAAGCUUCUGAAACUCUGAGAUAGUGCAGGUUAUUUGGUUCUAGUUUGUUCGUCGUUGUAUUUCAACUUCUGUUCUGAAUCUUCAUGCAUUUAUUAAUAUGUUUUGAACUAGGAAGACAUCAUAGACAAAUGUGUGUUCGACUUUAAUUCAAGUAAAUGUGAUCGUUUUAGGGAUCUA